AGAUGAGUGUGUGAGUGAGUAAAAUUGUUUCUCUUUUUUUUUAAAUUAGCUUUCAAAUGUUCACCCAUAAGUGAACAAGGAAGCCAUGUCUGGAAUUUAAUUUUUUAUAUUAAUUAUUUAUGCUGUGGACUGUGGAGCAUAUUUUCUGUGCAGUGGAACACUUGCAGUAAGGUCAUGAGCAAACAAGGCUGGAAAGCAGACUAGGUCAAACAACUGGCAGAGGAGUGGAGAAAGUGAAGGCCUUAAAUACACAGGUUCCAAACAAAUGGCAGAGGGUUUCUCCUUGAUUCUUCUAAGUGGGAUGUUAAUGUGUGGUCUACUGCUCCACACAGUAUGCCGACAUGGAGCCAGUAUUGGUGAGCCCAGUAAAAAGCCAAAUUUCAUUAUAAUACUUGCUGAUGACAUAGGCUGGGGUGAUCUGGAUGCCAACCAGCCUGAAGAAAAGGCAAACAAUACACCUUACCUCAAUUUGCUGGCUCAGCAGGGAUUAAGACUGACAGAUUUCCACUCUCCAGCCUCCACCUGUUCCCCAUCCCGUGCUGCUAUCCUGACUGGCCGCUAUGGCCUAAGAAAUGGGGUAACUCAUAACUUUGCAGUGGGCUCAGUGGCAGGUCUUCCUCUGUCUGAAGUUACCUUGCCCCAGCUGCUACAGAAGGUGGGAUAUUACACCGCCAUGAUAGGGAAAUGGCAUCUUGGCCAUAACGGACCAUAUGUUCCAACAAACAGAGGUUUUGACUACUACUUGGGUGUUCCUUACAGUAAUGACAUGGGCUGUACAGAUAUACCGGGAUAUAACCUGCCUGACUGCCUCCCAUGUGACUCAUCUGGAGCUCCUAUGUUCAGACUGAAAAGGAGUGUCCACAGAGGCUGUUACUCCAAGCUGGGCCUUCCUUUGUUUGAGAACAGCAGCAUUGUGGAGCAGCCACUUGACCUGUGGACACUAACAGAACAAUACAAGUCUGCUGCUCUCAAGAUAAUACAAACCUCAAGGGAGCGAGGACAGCCUUAUUUGCUGUAUGUCGCUUUAGCCCACAUGCACGUCCCACUGGCUCCUCCCCUGCCACCACAAGCCCCCGGCAAAGUGUAUGCCGCCAGUCUGCGAGAAAUGGACAGCCUAGUUGGGGCGAUAAAGAGCACUUCAGAUGAAACAGACAGAGACAACACUCUCAUCUGGUUCACCGGUGACAAUGGCCCGUGGGAGCAGAAAUGUCAGUAUGCAGGAAGUGUGGGACCCUUCACAGGAAAAUGGCAGAGCAGCAGAGGCGGGGGCUCAGCAAAGCAGACCACCUGGGAAGGAGGGCACAGGGUUCCGACCGUGGUCUACUGGCCCCAUAAAAUCCCUGCUAACUCCACCAGUUCUGCCCUGCUCAGUGGCAUGGAUAUCUUUCCAACUCUUCUGUCCCUGGCGGGGGUAACACCUCCAUCUGACAGACGUUUUGAUGGCAUUGACGCCUCAAAUAUUCUCCUGAACUUUGAACAGACGGGUCACGAGUUUCUCUUCCACCCCAAUAGUGGCGCUGCAGGCACAUACGGAGAUCUGCAGACAGUUCGAACUGGGAAGUACAAAGCCUACUACAUCACAGGGGCAGCCGAAGCCUGUGGUGGUGCCACAGGAGGACAGCAGCUCCAUGACCCGCCACUGAUAUUUGAUCUGGAGCGUGACAAAGCAGAGGAAAUGCCCCUGGACAUCAGGACACCUGAAUACCAGAUGGUGACACAGAGGAUCGCACGUAGGCGAGAAAAACUGCUGUGGGAUAUCGCCACGGAUCCAUCGGUGUCCACGGCAGACUACAGCACAGAGGAGUCGGCGUUCCCCUGCUGUGACCCGAUGCGGCCUGUUUGCCGCUGCCGCAUGCUGGGCUGAUGGAGGAAUCGACAUAUUAAUACACAGAGGUCGCUGAGACAUGGGGCGCACGCAUGGACAAGCAGAUAUCUCCCUUGGAUGUGCUCAGUUGUUUAUUUGCACAGUGUGUUUUCUGGUUUGUUGAUCUAAGUCCAAAACAUUGUGCAAACAGUGAGGGAGCAAAGCAGUCAAACUUUGGUCAGUUAUCAGAAAAGAGGUCAUUGGGAGGGGGAGGUAGAUCUGUGUGAGGUCAGUCACUUUUUUGGGGGGUUGAGGGGGAUAAAGUGGAAGAUUAGGUGGGACUACAUGAAAUUCUUUCUGUAAUUUAUGGACUUUUUUGGUGGUGGGGCUAACUAGACUAGAAGAAGAGUGCAUACCUCCAGUUAAGAUGUAAAAUGAGGGAUUUUCUAGAUCCUGUGCUGGAUCAACAUGAUCUCUUGCUCCCCACCAAAACCAUUCAUAAAAUCUGUCUACACCUAUUCCAUGUCCAUAGCAACAAGCAUUACCUUCCUGGACAAGGUAAUCAGUUUAGCUUUCAAGGAACAAAUUUGUGUCACUGUUAAUGCCCAAAAAGUUGAUUGUUAUACAAAUAAUGAAUGUUUAUGAGUUCAAUGGUACGAAUAUUUCAUGAGUUGAAAGCUUUCACCGAAUAUUCGUUCCACUGAAAGAAUGUCAAAACAUUCAUUGUUUGUUUUAUAUAACGGCUAAAAUAGAGCC